UUUACUUAAAAUUAUUAAUUUAUAUUUAAAGUGUUCAAAUUCUCAUCGAUAUAUCGAGAUUCGAUUUAUCGAUUAUUAAAAGAGCGAGAUAAACAUCGCUCGUUACACCAACCAACCACGUUUACUAUUUUCUUGCGCUACAACAAACGCUCUUAUUGGUAGAAUAAAACUUGUCCAUAAGAAUGCAUUAUCUGCGGAGGUGUAACCGCACCAUUAGGUUGAGUCCACAAUAGGCAAGCAAAUGCUUAAGUCCUAGGUUAAGUCGGGACUAUGAAUACCGCCCAUAGUCAAUCGGUCAGUGAAUUGCAAAAAUGUUAAUUAAAUUUAAAAGAGUGCGAAAAAUUCGAAACAGACGGAGAAAAAAACGGCUUGACUUAAGAUUCUGCCCGUGGAAUAUAUCUAGGGCUCAGGUUAAUACAGCUAGACGAAAAUUAGGGUACAAGGACACAAUAUCAAAUUGGAACUACCAGAUAUUUCGCAAAGACAUUCAACGUGUCGACUUUCGUGCAACGAAUAGCGAACCCUCGAGCAAAUCACACUCCAGCGGAACAAAGGAGGAAAUUGUAAAGGAGGAGGAGGAGGAGGAUGAGCGUCAGUUGCUUCAAGACAAAUUGAAAAAUUUAAAAACUGGAUAUGAUUCACGGCAAAAAUACGAAGCAUCAGUAAGAAUAAAUCUUGAAGCAGCAAAAUUAUUAAAAAAUUUUAGAAAUAAUUAUGUUUUAAACAUAUCUGAAAAAUUCAAAAACAUAUCUGCAUUGAAACACGCAGAAAUUUUAGAAUUAUUAUUAAAAAGCCCGACUUUGUUUUUCCGGAGUUGCAUUCGAUAUUUAACAAAUCGGCAAUUCAUUGAAUUGCACCAAAUGUUCAUGCAAUCAAAACUGAUCUCAAAUGCCUUUAGGCACUUUUGGAAAUUGGAAAAUCCAACAGUUAAAUCAAAAAUUAGUGAUAUUCUAAUCGCAGUCUUCACUAAGGAUGAAAUUCGCAGAAAAAAAUGUAUAAAGACUGAAAACUCCAAAAAGUUGUGCUGUGCGCAACCCAAAUCGAAAGAGGAUCAUGUGCACGUGAAUAAGGCGAGCGUACCGGUCAGCUCGAGGACAUUGAGAAGUGCCAAAUCCAAAUCUGCUUCCAUUGAAGAUCCGAAGAAUCUGGUCACACAGGAACCAGUUGGUGAUUUCUGUUCGGAACAGAAUAAGGCGAGCGUACCGGUCAGCUCGAGGACAUUGAGAAGUGCGAAAUCCAAAUCUGCUUCCGUAAGUUGAAAACCUAAAAUAAAAUAAUUAAUUGGAAUUAAUUUUUACUUUAACUAAGUGGUCGGACAUAAAAACUCGUCUAAAUUUAAAACCAAUUGACUAAUUGAAUUGUACAGAGGAUUUUUCAGCGCUCAAAAGUGUUUGCAAACUAAGCGUAUUGUGGAAAAAAAUUUGUUUGCAAAAUUCAAUUAGUCAAUUGGUUGUAAAAUUAGAAGAGUUUCAACGUCCGACCAGUUAGCGAAAAUAUAAAAAAAAUUACACAAAUCGUCUGGCUUUGAAAAUUUAUGUUUCCAAAAUUUACUGGGCAGGUGAUUAUAUUUGCUCGCGUCAAAGGACAAACUAUAUAAAAAGUUUCAGGAGUCAAAAUUACCUUCAAAAAUCAUAUGCACAAUGUCACAGGUUACACUGUAUAGUUUGUCCUUUAACAAGAUACUGGUAUGAAAAAUACACUUGCUCUCGUCAAAGGACAAAUUUGAUUGUGUAAAUUAUUUUAUUUUUCUGAAGAUUCCCGUAUAAUUUGUCUUUUAACGAGAGUAAUGGCAAUUACAGAACUUGCUCUAUUGAUUUUCCAUAUAAUUAGUACAACAAUUGCAAUAUAUUGAAUGUUGUAUUAAAUAUAUGAAAAAUCCAUAAAGCCAGUAUGAAGAAAGUAUUUUCUCUCGUCAAAGGACAAACUAUAUAAAAAGUUUCAGGAGUCAAAAUUACCUUCAAAAAUCAUAUGCACAAUGUCACAGCUCCACAAAUUUUUGCACAAAUUGGUUGGUCAAUUAGUCUCAAAGUUAAGCGAUAUGUGUCAUUUUAUUUUGAUUUUGGCUAAGUGGUCGGACGUUGAAAACGCUUCUAAUUUUACAACCAAUUGACUAAUUGAAUUGUACAGAGGAUUUUUCAGCGCUCAAAAGUGUUUGCAAACUAAGAGUAUUGUGAAAAAAAAUUUGUUUGCAUAAUUUAGCAGGCUAUUAAUUAAUUGCAUCUUGUAUUGGUUGAAUGCUCGACCAGUUAACUAAAGAAAAUAAUUUUAAUUAAUUAAUUAGAGUGAUUAGCCAUCUUUGGACGGCCUAUGGGGCUCAGAUAUUUUUUAUUUUUCUAUCUAAACAGAAUGC